AUGACCAUCUCCACAAUCCUCACCGUGGGCAUGUCCCUCCUCGCCACCCUCCCAGCCGCCACCCUCGCCGACACCUCCUCGUCGCAACACUACCGCCUCCGCGCCAAAGUCACCGGCCCCCAAACCGACAAGACGCCCGAUGUGUCGGGCUGGGCGAUCGAAGUCCGGCGCCUGGGCAUCACGACGCGGCUGCCGCCGGACGACAUGUGGGGCGUGCUGUACAACGAGACGUUCUCGCCGGGGCGGGGCGGCGACAUCUUCUACACGCAGCAACAGACACAGUCGUCCGACGCCUCCGCAAGCUACGUGCGGACCGACGCGCCCAACAACUCGGGCGAGGUGACGCCGUUCGGGUGGUACAUCCCCGGCGGGUACGCGCUGAGCAGCGACCAGAUCAUCGCGACGCGGACGAACACGGCGGAGACGGCGACGGGGGUCGUCGAGGGGGCGGAUGGCGUGCCGGCGCUGGGGUUGGUGGGGUUUGGGGAGCAGACGUUUGUGGCGUGUAAGGAGGCGUAUCGCGAGUGGGCGGUCGUGUAUUGGACGGAUGUGGAGAGGUUCGGGACGGAUGAGAUUUACAGCCAGGAUUGGAGGAACUGUACCGAGAUCCAGCUGGUCCCGGAGUGCACGACUGGGGGGCCUGAGUAUGAGGGGUUGGUGGAGACGGCUUGUGUUGCUGAUAUUGGGACUGUUUUGUAA